AUGUCGCAACACAAUACUGCUACAAUACAUAUGGAGUCUAAAACUUCGGACAACGAUUUGGAGCCACAGGCAGGUUCUCAAAAAACUCGGAAGGGGUGGAGAUUCUGGAUGAUUCUGAUCGUUCUCGCCUUGACAAGUCUUCUGACGUCCUUGGAAGCCACGAUCACCUCAACGGCCCUGCCAGUCAUUGUCGCCGAGCUGGGGGGAGGCGAUAACUACAUCUGGGUCGCCAAUGCAUACUUCUUGACCAUGGCUUCCUUGCAGCCAAUGUUUGGACAGAUCGCCAAUGUUUUCGGUCGUCGCUGGCCCAUGAUCUUUUCUGCAGCUGCUUUCAUACUGGGGAGUGGUAUAUGCGGCGGAGCCAUCAACAUGGCUAUGAUUAUCACCGGCCGCGCAAUACAGGGUCUUGGAGCGUCCGGCCUGAGUGUCCUCGUCGAGACUGUCAUCUGCGACCUGGUCCCCUUACGGGAGAGAGGCAACUACAUGGCCAUAGUAUUUGGCAUGAUCACCGUGGGGACGGCCCUCGGUCCCAUGUUCGGGGGGCUGAUCGUCAGCUACAGCACGUGGCGUUGGGCCUUCUACCUCACGCUGCCUAUCGGCGGCGUGGCGUUGGUGUUGCUGUUUGUCUUCCUGCACGUGAACUAUGACAGGUCCAACACGCUGGCUACCAAGAUCUCGAAACUCGACUGGCUGGGCAAUGCCAUAUUCAUUGGCGCCUCCAGCUCUGUUCUGAUUGCCCUCAGCUGGGCGGGCAGCGAGUAUCCUUGGUCGUCGUACGAGGUCCUCGUGCCGCUAAUUGUGGGCAUGGUCGCCCUGGCAGGCUUCAUCGGGCUCGAAGCCACACAUUUCGUCGCAAACCCCAUGAUGCCGCUCCACCUCUUCGCCAAUCGCAUCACGUCGGCCGUCUUCGCUCUCACCUUCAUCCACGGGAUCGCAACUAUGUGGGCCUUCUACUUCCUGCCGGUAUACUUCCAGGGCGUGCUGGGCGCCACCCCCUACCGCUCUGGCAUCAUGCUGCUGCCGACCAUCCUCGCCCUCCUCCCGGCUGCCAUCAUCGGCGGUCUCCUGUUGACCAAAUUCGGCCGCUACAAGCCCAUCCUCGUAAUGGGGUUUGCCCUCAUCAUCAUCGGCCUAGGUCUUUUCUCCCUUCUCGACCAGAACUCGUCGACGGGCGCGUGGGUCGGCUUCCAGGUCAUCGAGUCCAUUGGCGCCGGGCUCGCCAUCCCGACCCUGCUCCCUGCCUUGCUGGCUCCUCUGACCGACAAGGACACGGCGCUGGCGACCGGCACUUGGGCCUUCAUGCGCACCUUCGGUGUCACUUGGGGUGUUGCAGUCGCGGGCACCAUCUUCAUCAACCGGGCGGCGCAGCUUGCAGGCGCGGGGCUUAUCAGCACCAACGCAACCGUGACCGCCCAGUUCAUGGCUGGUGGGGCGUAUCAGGACGCCACGGUGUACUUUCUGGAUUCGCUUCCACCCGAGACGCGCGUCCAGGUGGUUGAGGUGCAGGCUGCCGCGCUGCGGCGGUCGUGGCAGGUCGCCAUCGCCUUUGGAGCACUGGGCUUCGUUGCCGCCACUGUGCUUAAAGAGGUGCCGCUCAGAAAGGAGCUCGAUAGUGAGUUUGGCAUGACGGAAAAAGAGAGGCCCACAAAGGAGACGGAAUAUUCGACGGAAGAAGUAACCUCAGCUACAACGACGUGA